CACACAGAAAAGAGGUUAACAAGGGAAAUGGGGUCAAAUUGCUGUUGGUAGCAUCAGGGGCCGGGCCAACAAACAGCAGCCUCAGCUGCAAACUUUUACUCCUCUUCCGCUGAUCCGCUCUCGUCUUGCCCCUUACAAAAAGGGAGGACGGAAGAGCACAACAACUGCACCCAGGAAGAAUUUUAAACAGUUAACUUGUGUUGUGUUGGAGGAGAUUGUUAAGGAGGGAUGAACGCCGACCAGGGUUCGCCGAGGGAGCUCACCGGGCUGCAGAGGAGGAGGGCGCUGUACCAACCGGAGCUGCCUCCAUGUCUUCAGGGAACCAGAGUCAGAGUGGAGUUUGGUGACUCAACCACAAGCAUCGAUCCGAAAUGUGCAGAUAUUGUGGCACAGGUGUUCCCACAAACCUUUGGUCAGAAGCUGGUGCAUUUUCUAGAGCCAAACUCAAAGGUCUCUGACGCACAAGUCAUCAAAGAACACCCACCAAUUAGGGUGGGUGUGUUGUUUUCUGGAAGACAGUCACCUGGAGGGCACAAUGUCAUAUGGGGCACCUAUGAUGCUAUGAAAGCUCAGAAUCCACACAAUGUUCUGCUUGGGUUUAUUGGUGGCACAGAAGGACUAUUUGCAAAGAAGAUGUUGGAGAUCACAGAUGAUGUACUUUCGUCAUACAAAAAUCAAGGCGGUUUUGAUUUGCUCGGCAGAACUGUUGACCAAAUCCGCACAACAGAGCAAGUGAAUGCUGCUAUGUCGACAUGCUGUGAUCUUAGCUUGGAUGGCCUGAUCAUCAUUGGAGGGGUAACCUCCAAUUCAGAUGCAGCUCAGCUUGCAGAGACCUUUGCGAAGCAUAACUGCAACACAAAAGUUAUAGGUGUCCCUGUAACGCUGAGUGGUGAUCUCAAGAAUCAGUUUGUGGAAACAACUGUUGGUUUCGAUACAGUGUGCAAGGUGAACUCUCAGCUUAUAAGCAAUGUUUGCCUCGAUGCAGUCUCAGCUGGGAAGUACUACUAUUUUGUUCGCUUGAUGGGUGGCAAAGCAUCUCAUGUUGCCUUCGAGUGCGCGCUCCAGUCACACCCUAACAUGGUUAUCUUAGGAGAGGAGGUGGCAUUGUCAAAGCUUACACUGAUGGAAAUUAUAAACAAGAUAUGUGACGGAGUAGAAGCAAGGGCAGCACGAGGGAAGUACCAUGGAGUGCUACUUAUUCCUGAGGGGCUAAUCGAAAGCAUACCAGAAAUGUAUGCACUCAUCCAGGAAAUCAAUAAUCUCUACAUUAAUAAUGUUCCUGAAGACGAGAUUCCAUCUCAACUUUCUCCAUGGGCUGCUGCCUUGUUCAAGUUCUUGCCAUCGUUCAUCAGGAGAGAAUUGGUCCUACAUCAAGAAUCUGAUAACUCGGCACAGCUAUCCCAGAUCGAUACUGAGCAGCUCCUAGCUCAUUUAGUAGAAGCAGAAAUGAACAGGAGAACGAAAGAAGGAACUUACAAGGGUAGAAAAUUCAGUUCAGUGUGCCACUUCUUUGGAUCCCAAGCUCGAGGAUCACUACCAUCAAACUUUGACUGCAACUACGCUUAUGUUCUUGGCCAUAUUUGUGUGCAAAUACUAGCAACUGGAUUGAAUGGUUACAUGGCUACCAUAACAAAUUUGAAGGACUCAACAAACAAGUGGCGCUGCGCUGCUGUUCCUCUAACAGCAAUGAUGAGUGUGAGGAGGCACUUGCGUGGUCCUGGAGCUGUUCCUAUAGGGAGGCCAGUUAUCCAUCCUUCGCCAAUUGACCUGAAAGCAGAAUCAUAUGCGGUCUUGAGAGAGAAAGCAUCAAGCUUUCUGCUAGAUGAUUUCUACAGAACUCCAGGAGGCAUUCAAUUCGAAGGACCUGGCGCAAACACUAAGCCAAUCACAUUGACAAUCGAAGGCCAAGACUACCUGGGCGACAUCGAGAUACUGCAAGACUACUUGAACAAGGUGAGGACCAUUCUGAAGCCUGGAUGCUCGCGGGAGAUUCUGAAGGCAGCAAUAAGCUCAUUGUCGUCAGUAAACGAUGUGCUCAAGGUCAUGUCGGCGCCCCUCAAUGCUGAGCUUCCUCUAUACCACUUCAACUGAUUUUCCAAUCUUUGUCACAUGUGCGGGUUUAGUCAGAAAAAAAUCUGGGUGCCACAUGACAUCAGCCCAGUUGCGAAUCCAGAGUGUGCCUUCUAUGGCUAACGAUCUUUGGUAGCUUCUUUUUGUUGUGCCCUCUUCCUUUUGGCAGGUGAUAGAACCUUAUCAUUCAAAUCAAUAAGCAUUUUACAUAGGCUAGCUUUUACUACCCUAAGCUACCCAGAAUGUUUGACUCACAUAAUUUGAACCUUCUACAAAGUAUUUGCCUGUAGAAUUGCUCGUGUCUGAGCUAGAUGUUCUCCAGUAAAUAUGAUCUAUGUGAAUGUAGCUAUAUUUCCAUCCGUACACAAGGCACCCAUCCCAGUGCCUAUAUUCAGUGUAACCAGCACUUGGGAGAUGCUUGUUUAAAAGAUUUCUCAGGUGCAAGAGUGCACGACCCAUCACUAUUAUGUUAUUCUGCAUGUCCACAUGACUUGGCAUUUUGAUUUGAACUAGGCUUGUAUUAUUGCCAAAUUUAAUGAAAGCAUACUCUAUCUAGACUUGACAUGCUA